CCUCUGGACGCCCCUGCCCUCCAGACCCUCGGUGCUCACUCUUGCCUCAGCUUACUCUGGGGGCAGUCCCGCGACCUCCCGCGCCGGCCGCCUCGCCCCCGCAGCGCCGCCCCGCAGCUCCAGUGCCCUGGAGUUUGCGGCUGGGGGUGCGCCCUCAGCGCGGCACCUGCGGCGGCGGCGGCCUUGCCCGCGGCCGCCUCCCUGGGCUCCGCUGUCGGGAUGCUGUCCCGGGGCCUGGAGCCCAGCGUUUUAGCCGCAUCCCUUCUGACAACGUGAACGACCUGGUCUGCUUAGGGUCUCCGUUCUUUCCUUUUGGUGUGUUUAUUGGCUAGUUUCGGACCUUGCCGUCAGAACAUUCCAAUGUGACCUUGCUUUAAAUUCCUUGUACUUAGGGCUCUCAGCUGGCUUGAGUUUGUUAACAAGAUCCCCACCUUUGGUGCAUGAUUUAGCUCAGGUGCACUGCCGGUACCUGUGAGUGAAGUUAAGUCUCUGAAUAGCCCAGGUGAGACGCAUGAUAAAAAGGACUGAAGUUCUGCCUUAGAUCCUAAAACUUUCCCUAAACUUCUCAAACAGUCUUGACCACUAGUGCUUUUUUUUUUUUAUCGUAGAGAAAAGCUUGUAGCGCUAUAUCCUGUAGGAGAUAAAGGUAGUGAAAAAAAUUAUAUGGCAAAAAAAUUUACUUUCCUUUUUUUAAAAAUUUAUGCAUUAAGUGUUUUUGUGGCUGUCUGUCUUUUAAUGCAAGUAUACUUUCUUUUUAAGAUUUCUUUAUUUGAAAGCCAGAGUUACAGGGAGGCAGAGAGAGAGGGGUCUUCCACAAGCUGGUUGACUCCCCAAAAAGCUGCAAGGGGCGGACCUGGGCGUACUGGAAGGAAGCCCGGAGCUUCUUCUGGGUCUCCCACGCUGGUGCAAGGGCCUAAGGACCUGGGCCAUAGCAGAGAGCUGGAUGGGAAGUGGAGCAGCCGGGACCCAAAUGGGAUGCCAGCACUGUAAGCAGCGGCUUUACUUACUAUGGAUGCCACAGUGCUGGCCCUAAGUAUACUUUUAAGAAUAGGAAAUUGAUUGCCCUAAGACUGCUUUAAUUUCCUACAAAAAAAAAAAGUACUGAAAAUCUUCCAUUCCUGAAUUUGUGUGGCUUGCUAGUCAGUGGCCAUGUUCACUUGGGAAAACUGUUAGAACCAUGCAAAUUUUCAAAACAUAAAAGGCCAGUUGCACAAUGUAAAGAUUAGUCAAAGAGUAUUUUUUGUCCAUAUUUUAAGUUUUGAAUGAAUGAUAGUCUCCCUAAUCUCUCUUAGUGCUUUUGACGUAGGAUUUUAUUUACAGAAAUUUUUGAAACCACAUUGACAUAUUAACAAGGUCCACUUGUGUCUGUUGUCAGACACGUUCUUAUAUAACAGUAUUAGAUAAUAUUGUGAAAGCAGGUCCGCUGUAGGCACAAUUUUGAGUAGUCUUGGAAAUGUAAAGAAAUUGUAAUGUUUCAAAAAUUAGAAUCUAUAGGCUAAAUAAAAUUACUCUGUAUUGUUGGAGUGACUUCUGUGAUUCUCUGCCCUCAAAAAUUCUCUUGACGUGAAGGGGAAAGAUUGUGUUAUGAUGAGUAAGUGGCUGUUGCAUUUGCCUCUCCCUCUCUCUGCUGUGAUUACUUUAGGCAAAGUAUUGCAAGAAAGGGAACAUGAUAUAUUUCUAUCAAACUGAAGACAGAAAAUUGUCCCAAUGAAAUGGAGUUGGUACUUGUGUGGUGUAUAUAUUUAGGACUGUUGCAUGGUGUCUCCAAGAAAAGAGUUUUAAUUUAUGAUUGUAUUAUAGUCUGUCUGGUAGUAUCAAUUGAAACAGCCUGAUACUCUGUUAGUUUCUUAUUUUAUGGCAUCAUUUAGAUCUUUAGAAAGAUUUGACUCUUAGGAGUGCCUUGGAAACUACUUGCUUUUCCCAGUACAUAAGUUGAAAUUUUUAAAAAUUAAUGAGAUAAAAUAGGUAUUUUGUGUGUUUCAGGUAUAUUGAAACAAGUUCUUGAGUUAGAUUUAGAAAAAUGGCAUAUUUAUUACAUACACUUAUGGUGCAAAUUUACAAUUAAAAUAAGUCUUAGAGGAUUCUUUGUUUACAUGUUUGUAUUAACUAAUAUUGUUUAACCUUUUUAGUGUGUGCUUUUUAGUGUUACUUAAAGCAAAUCUAAAAGUGAACAGUUUCCUGAAGUAGGUAUAGCUCCUUCUAUUACAUUGGAGCCUUCUUCAGACCAAAUGACAAACAUUUACUCAAACAGCUAUUGAGGUAGAGUGCCCAUGCUUUGCAUAGAUGACUGCAUGUGAUCCUUACAACUAACUUUUCCUCCCUCCCUCCCUUCCUCCCUCUCUCCCUCUCUCUCCUCUCUCUCUCUUUCUCUCCUCUCUCUCUUUAUCUCAGUGUUCUAUUGAUUUGAUCUAAUCUAUCUCCAGUGUUCUAUAUGCAAAUGAUUGAAAAUCCUUUGUGUCAGAAAAUACACAUCCAUGUUUGUACUUUUUGGUUGGAAAUUAAAAUUAUUUUCCAUGUACGUUUAAUUAUUUAUUGAGUGGCAUUUUGACAGAGAGGGUAAGAGAGAGACACAUCUUUCAUCCCAUGGUCCAUUCCCUAGUUUCUGCAAUUCAAUCUGGGUCUGCCAUGUGGGUGACAAGGUCCCAAAGUCUUCCUGGGCGUAUUAGCAGGAAGCUACAUUGGAAGCAGAGUAGCACUCUGAUAAUAGGAUGCAGGAUUAAACCACAUUAACCAACUGGUGGCUUAACCUGCUGUGCCACAAUAUCCUUAAAUUUGCUUUUUAUUACAUUUAUCCAAUAAAGGUAGAAAACAUGGUGUUAAAGUAGCACCAGAGAAAAUCAUCUCUAGACCAUUUAUGAUGUUUUAGAGCAUCUUUCCGUUUAGCAGUAUUGCUGUAUGUAUGUGAAGCAUUGAUAACAUGUUCCACUUACUGAGAACUUGGGAAUUCCUAAAGCAGAAAUUGUGGUUAUGUGCAUGUUAGUAGAAAAAUUAUGGUGUGUACUGGCUGACUUUCAUGUGGAUGAGUUCCAUCUAAACAACUUCUGAUCUGAGUAGUGGACACUUAGUAAUGGCUAUUAUUGAUCUUCAGAGUGGGUCAGGGUGAUUUCAAGGUAACGCUGGAUCCUUUGUAUAAAAUUUAGAAGAAAAAUUUUGCUAGUUCAUAUUCUAGUGUUAAAAACUUAAACCUAGUGACUCCCACCCCAAUAAAAUUCUGCUCAUUCUUUUUUUUUUAAUUAUGUAUUUUCAUUUUAUUUGAAAGGCAUUCAGGGAUGGGAGAGAGAACACAACAUGAGAGAGAACAUGCAAGCUAUUUUCUAUCUGCUGGUUCACUCCUCAAAUGCCUGCAACAGACUGGGCUGGGCCAGGCUGAAGCUGUGAGCCCUGAAUUAUAGUCUGAGUCUUCUCACAUGGGUGGUGGCAGGGACCUAAGUCUUGAGGCAUGGUUACUGCCUGCCAGGGUGUGUGUGAUUGGAACCUGAUAUUAGAGGAAGAACAGGGUCUUGAGCCAGGUACUCUGAUAAUGAGAUGCAGGCAUCCUAAGAAACACUGUGCUGGAUAUUGCUGUUUUAUAUUGGCCGGGGGUACCUAAUGUAGAUGAGGGAGGAACCUUUCACAGAAAGAAGAGUUAGAGAUGAGUACCGCAGGCAACAUUGUAUAGACAUUUCACAAGUUGUCAUUAGGCAGGACACUUAAGAACCUUGUACAGGAAAGCUUUUCAAAUGACUGAAGUUUUAAAAUGUACUAGCUGAGAAAUGUUGUAGGGAAUGAAUGAUUCAUAGAUACCUUAACAAAACAUGACUUGUAAAUCCCCAGACUCGUGGUGGAUAAUUUAACAGCCCAAUCAUUGAGCAGCUAGUUGCCUCCAGUUCUGUAGUAUUGGCAUUUCUUUAUAAUGAUACCACAUAUUUUUCUUUAUUAUUUUUACUUUGUUCUUUUCUGCAAAUCAACCAAAUAUACUUUGAAGUCCUGAAUUGUGAUCAGGCCCUGGAAAAGUGCUCUAUCAAGACAUAACUGACUAUAUCCAUAUCUUAGCACACAUUUUCAUUAUGGAAUAAGAUCCUGUCUCUUCUAUGUGUAUUAAUUUUCACUUAUUGGAAAGAGAAUGUAUCUUCCAUCCACUGGUUUGCUGUCCAAAUGCCCACAAGUCAGGGUGGGGCCAUGCUGAAACCAGGAGCCAAGAACUCCAUGCUGGUUUCUUACAUGAGUAGCAGAAACUUAAGUACUUGAGCCAUCAGAAGAUACUCUUUUAUACUCUACUGAGGGACAGUAAGGAAAGGUAUGUUUGUGUAAAAUCUGUUUGAAGCAAAUAUUCAAUUUAACUUAAAUGGCCUGUAUGUGAUUUGGAAUAUGGCAUAUUUCUGUUUCAAAGUCAGUCUUUUAUUUGGGCAAUUAAAAAAGGUAACUCAAGCCAAAUUCCUGUACCUUAUAUAUUACAACCAUGGAGGAGAAGUAUUAAAAGUUUAAAUUUUAUUAUAUAGAUAUUGUUUUAACCUAGGAAGAAUUCUUGUUGCUGUAUUUUAGUUGACUUGAUCAAAUUUAAUGAUAUUGAGAAAUCUAGCAUGUAGGAUUAGUAGUUUAAAAGUAAGUUCAGAAAUCACCACUAAGAGGUGAUAAGUAGUGACUUUUUAAAAAAAUCUGUUUUUCCAAGGUAGAGAGAGACAGAGAUAGAGAACUCCCAUCUGUUGGUUCAUUCCUCAAAUGCUUUUGCAUAUUCACUCUUCCUAAAAAUUAAGAUUGCUAUGUCCUUUUUGGAUAUAGCACAUUAUCUUAAAUGACUUGAAAAUAUAAAUUUCAGUGAGAUGCUUAGCAACCACUGUAGCUUUCCUAUAAUGUCUAUGGCUUUAGCUCAUUCUUUUGCGUGAGUGUUAGCUGUGGCAGCAUAGAACUUUCAUUUUUUACUUUUUAAAAAAGAUUUGUUUAUUUGAAAGGCAGAGUUAGAGUGGUGGAGGCAGAGAGAGAGGUCUUCGUCUGCUAGUUCACUUCCCAAAAGGCCACAAUGGUCGGAGCUGGGCCAAUCUGAAACCAGGAGCCAAGAGCUUCUUCCUUGUCUCCCACGUGGGUUCAAAGACUCAACAACUUGGACCAACUUUCAGUGCUUUCCCAGGCUCAUGAAUAGGAAGCUGGAUUGGAAGUGGAGCAGCUGGAACUUGAACCAGUGCCCAUAUGGAAUUCUGGCACUGCAGGUGGCAGCUUUACUUACUACGCCACAGAACCGGCCCCAGAACAUUUUAUUUUUUUAUUCGAGAGAGAGAAAGGUCUUCCUUCUUUUGGUUCAUCCCCCAAUUGACCACUACGGCUGGAGCUGUGCCAAUCCGAAGCCAGGAGCCAGGUGCUUCCUCCUGGUCUCCCAUGCGGAUGCAGGGGCCCAAGGACUUGGGCCAUCGUCCACUGCCCUCCCAGGCCAUAGCAGAGAGCUGGACAGCAAGAGGAGCAACCGGGACUAGAACCUGGGGUGCCAGCUCUGUGGGCGGAGGAUUAGCCAAGUGAGCCACGGUGCUGGCCUAUUUUUUUUUUUUAAUAUUUAUUUACUUGAAAGAGUUACAGAGAGUCAAAAGCAGAAAGAGAAUGAGAGAAAGGGAGGGAGGGAGGAAGGGAGAGAGAGAGAGAGGGAAGUCUUCCAACCACUGAUUCACUCCCCAAAUGUCCACAAUGCCAGAGCUGAGCCGAUCUGGAGCCAGGAGCCAGGAGCCUCUUCUGGGUCUCUCACAUGGGUGCAGGGACCCAAGCACUUGGGCCAUCUUCUGCUUUCCCAGGCUAUAGCAGAGAGCUGAAUGGGAAGUGGAGCAGCCAGGACUGGAACUGGUGCCCAUAUGGAUGGUGGCAUUGCAGAUUGGAGCUUUAACCCAUGGUGCUGUGGCAUAGUGUGUAAAGCCACUGCCUGCAGCGCCGGCCCCAGAGCUUUUUAUUUUUAGGGCUUAAACUUAUUUAGUUUUGAUUUUUAAAGAUUUUUUUGUUGUAUAACUCUGAUUGCAAUGGAAAUAUUCAAAAGUUUAAAUCUGGAGUUAUCUGAUUUUUGCAAUGCAGUUUUUAGCAAUCUGAACUUUUAACAUAUAUUACAAUAAGUUCUGUUUACCUUUACCUGAAAUUUUAAAAAUUUUAUAAAAAUUUAUUUGUAUAGUUCUUUGUAGUUCAAUACCUGAAAUUUUUGCAUUAAAACACCUAAAAGUGAGAACUAAAAUAUAACAAAUAUCUAAAAGAAUAUCUGUGCUUUCAGGAAAGUAAGGGGAACUCUUGGGAUCCAAAGUGAAGAAAAGCCUGAAAAACAGGAGUAUGUGAGCUGGCACUAUGGCUGUUCCAUGGAAACUUGGGAGUACUGCUUGUGUAGGCAUGAUAUAAGGCCUUGAGUCAGCACCAAGUGGAGUUGGAGCCAAUAUCUAUAUGUGUAACAAGGAUCCUUAGGGAUUUCAUCUUCAGCAAAGGAGUAGAUCAGGAAAAGAACCCAUCCACUAGAAGAGGGAGACUUCAAAGAAGCUUGUUUUACUCUGGAUUGCAUGUAAUUAGAAAUCCUUACUUUCAUGUAACCAUGAUUUUGGGGCUGCUUUUGUUUUUCAGGGCUUAUUUAUUUGAAAGGUAGAGUUAGAGAAUGGGACAGACAGACAGCUUCCAUCUGCUAGUUCACUCUUCAAAUGACCACAACGACCAGGGCUGGGCCAGGCCAAAGCCAGGAUCCUGGAACGCUUUCUGGGUCUCCCCUGUUGGUGGGAGGGGCCCAUGUGCUUGGGCCAUCGUCUGCUGUCCCAGGUGCAUUAGCAGGCAGAUGGAUAGGAAUUGAAAGAAGCUGGGAAUAGAACCAGUGCUCAUGUGGGGUGCUGGCAUUACAGGUAGUGCCUUAACCUUUCAUGCCACAACACAAGCCCCUUGUGUUGGCUGUUGUUAGCUUGGGAUUCAAAUUAACACUACCUAUAGAUUAUUUAAUUACCAUAUGGAGACCAUAAAAUAAUUAUGCUUUAAGGAACUAAAGUCUUAAAAUAUGAAAAUGAAAGAUAAAAUUUAGAAGAAAAUUCAAUGUAAUAUAUAAAUAUAUACUUUAGUUUUUAUAAAUCAAUAAAUGAGUUAAUUAACAGGGCAUUAAAGGAGAAAUAAGUGAUUGGAACAAAAUUCUGAAGAAAUCACCCUAAGUCCAGGAAAAGAGAAAAAUUCAGAAAUUUUGGGAGACACAGAAGUUGGAAUGAGAAGGUAUAACAAAACUGUUUUAAUAGAAGUUCUGAUAGGAGAAAAAAACAAUACAGUGUGAAGCAAUAUUUGAAGAUACUGUGGCUGGAAAUAUUGAGAAUUAAUGAAGGGAAAAAUCCUUAUUUAGAAAGUCUAGUGAGUCCCAAAGAGGAUAAGGGUCCUCAGCUAGACACAUCAUAACAAAUUAUAGCAGUUUUUAUGGGUAGCAUUCUCCUAAGAUAUUAAGCUAGAUUUAUUUGAAGUCACGUUUUAGAUGUUAUUUCCCAAGAAUACUGAUAAAUUUUCACUGGUCUAUAUCUUUGAUCACUGUUGGUUCAACUUAUGGCUAAGAGCAUCUCUUUGUAAAGUAUCUGAUGUUUUUGCCAUGGGGCAUUGGUGUCUAAAAACUAGUAUUUCUAUAGGAAAAAUACAUUUUUUUGUGAUUAGUUUUAUUGGAGAAACUAAGGAAGCUGCUGUGGAAAACAGUGUGGCGAUUUCUUUAAAAACUAGAAAUAGCCCUGCCAUAUGGUCCAGCAAUCCCACUACUGGGAAUAUAUCCAAAAGACAUGAACAUGUUGUAUCAAAGAGAUACCUGCACCACCAUAUUGAUAGCAGCACUGUUUACAGUAUCAAAAUUUGGAAUCAACCUAGGUGUCCAUCAUCAGAUGAAUGGAUAAAGAAAAUGUAUAUACACUCAAUGGACUAUUAUUCAGCUAUAAAAAAUGUCAUUCUACCAUUUGCAGCAAAAUGGAUGCAACUCGAGGACAUGUUGAGUGAAUAAGUCACAGAAAAGACUUACCACUUGUUCUCCCUUAUAUGUGGGAGCUAACAUUAAAAAAGAAAUGCCUGUGUGAAUCUAUUCUUGCAAACAUAGUUUUAUAAUACUUUGUUUUAGAAAAAUAAACUUCAGAAAAGGAUGUCUGGAACAUCAAAGGGUCAAAGAAGGUCUUUGGGAAAGCUAUGCUGUGCUCCAGAAUUUCAGCAAAAUGCUUCUUCAUAUGAUUAUAGUUUUGAGUGAAAAUCCACAGAAUUUUUAAAAGAGAUUUACCGGCAUAAAAUUAUAUUGCAGGAGAGAAGGGCAACACUCACCAGAGGCGGGCACCACCAUUUCCCAGUUCCUUACAUCAGAAUUCUUCGUACACAAGAACAGUCUAAGACCGUCCUAUAACUGCCUUGUGGUGUGGUCUUCAAGGGAAGAAGGGCUCUCACACAUUGCAUAGGAAAAGAGACCAUGUGACAUUUCUUUAGGGGAAGAAACAGGAACCUUGUAAUCAAAGAUUGGCAAACUUCAAAAAGUUACUGGGGGAAAAAGGCUACUUGAGAAGCUGAUAACAUUUUAUCAAGAUAGAAGCUGCAAGGAAAUGUUCACAUUUUCAGUGCAUAUUUCCAUAUACAAGAUGAGUUUAGGCUUUUAAUCUUUUAUUCAACAAACUAAGUUUUACUUUACAGUCAUUCUUAUGUAAUAUGUCAUGGAUAUUAAAUUAUGUUUGUAUAUUGUUAUUUAGGUGACUAUUAUAUGGUUAAAAAGAUUUUGGAGGAAAACAGUUCAGGUGACUUGAACAUAAAUUGCGUAGAUGUGCUUGGGAGAAAUGCUGUUACCAUAACUAUUGAAAACGAAAACUUGGAUAUACUGCAGCUUCUUUUGGACUACGGUUGUCAGAAACUCAUGGAACGGAUUCAGAAUCCUGAGUAUUCAACAACUAUGGAUGUUGCACCUGUUAUUUUAGCUGCUCAUCGUAACAACUAUGAAAUUCUUACAAUGCUCUUAAAACAGGAUGUAUCUCUACCAAAGCCCCAUGCAGUUGGCUGUGAAUGUACAUUGUGUUCUGCAAAAAACAAAAAGGAUAGCCUCCGGCAUUCCAGGUUUCGUCUUGAUAUAUAUCGAUGUUUGGCCAGUCCAGCUCUAAUAAUGUUAACAGAGGAGGAUCCAAUUCUGAGAGCAUUUGAACUUAGUGCUGAUUUGAAAGAACUAAGCCUUGUGGAGGUGGAAUUCAGGAAUGAUUAUGAGGAACUAGCCCGGCAGUGUAAAAUGUUUGCUAAAGAUUUGCUUGCACAAGCUCGGAAUUCACGUGAAUUGGAAGUUAUCCUAAACCACACAUCUAGCGAUGAGCCUCUUGACAAACGGGGGUUACUAGAAGAAAGAAUGAAUUUAAGUCGUCUAAAACUUGCUAUCAAAUAUAACCAAAAAGAGUUUGUCUCCCAAUCUAACUGCCAGCAGUUCCUGAACACUGUUUGGUUUGGACAGAUGUCAGGUUACCGACGUAAGCCCACCUGUAAGAAGAUAAUGACUGUUUUAACAGUUGGCAUCUUUUGGCCAGUUUUGUCACUUUGUUAUUUGAUAGCUCCCAAAUCUCAAUUUGGCAGAAUCAUUCACACACCGUUUAUGAAAUUUAUUAUUCAUGGAGCAUCAUAUUUCACAUUCCUGCUGUUACUAAAUCUGUACUCUCUUGUCUACAAUGAGGAUAAGAAAAACACAAUGGGUCCUGCCCUUGAAAGAAUAGACUAUCUUCUUAUACUGUGGAUUAUUGGGAUGAUUUGGUCAGACAUUAAAAGACUCUGGUAUGAAGGGUUGGAAGACUUCUUAGAAGAAUCCCGUAAUCAACUCAGUUUUGUCAUGAAUUCCCUUUAUUUAGCAACUUUUGCCCUCAAAGUGGUUGCUCACAACAAGUUUCAUGAUUUUGCUGAUCGAAAGGACUGGGAUGCAUUCCAUCCUACGCUGGUGGCAGAAGGGCUUUUUGCAUUUGCAAAUGUUCUGAGUUAUCUUCGUCUCUUUUUUAUGUACACGACCAGCUCUAUCUUGGGUCCAUUACAGAUUUCAAUGGGACAGAUGUUACAAGAUUUUGGAAAAUUUCUUGGGAUGUUCCUCCUUGUUUUGUUUUCUUUCACAAUUGGACUGACACAACUGUAUGAUAAAGGCUACACUCCAAAAGAACAGAAGGACUGUGUAGGCAUCUUCUGUGAACAGCAAAGCAAUGACACCUUCCACUCAUUCAUCGGCACUUGCUUUGCUUUGUUCUGGUAUAUUUUCUCCUUAGCACAUGUGGCAAUCUUUGUCACAAGGUUUAGUUAUGGAGAAGAAUUGCAGUCCUUUGUUGGAGCUGUUAUUGUUGGCACAUACAAUGUUGUGGUAGUGAUUGUGCUUACCAAGCUGCUGGUGGCCAUGCUUCAUAAAAGCUUUCAGUUGAUAGCAAAUCAUGAAGACAAAGAAUGGAAGUUUGCUCGAGCUAAGUUGUGGCUUAGCUACUUUGAUGACAAGUGUACAUUACCCCCACCUUUCAACAUCAUUCCUUCACCAAAGACUAUCUGCUAUAUGAUUAGUAGCCUCAGUAAGUGGAUUUGCUCUCACACUUCAAAAGGCAAGGUCAAACGGCAAAACAGUCUAAAGGAGUGGAGAAACUUGAAACAAAAGAGAGAUGAGAACUACCAGAAAGUGAUGUGCUGUUUAGUGCACCGUUACUUGACUUCCAUGAGACAGAAGAUGCAGAGUACAGAUCAGGCAACUGUGGAAAAUCUAAAUGAACUGCGCCAAGAUCUCUCAAAAUUCCGGAAUGAAAUAAGGGAUUUACUUGGCUUUCGGACUUCUAAAUAUGCUAUGUUUUAUCCAAGAAAUUAACCAUUUUCUAAAUCUUGUGGAGGGUAAUUUUCAGUAACAAUUCUAAUAGACUGUAUUUGCACAACUUGCAAUUAAGUAAGAUAUAUAUUGAAAAAGAAUUAUGUAAAAGCCAUUCUUUAAAAUAUUUAUAGCAUAAAUAUGUUAUGUAAAAUAUAUAUUGAGAAUUAGUUUUUUAAAACUUUGUUAGUGGCUUUUUGCAGGAGCAAAAUGCAUAAAGUAGAUAGAUUUUGUUCGCAUGCUGCUUGGUUUUCUUAUUUGGACAGUGCUUUCAAAUUUUUUAUGUUGUAAAGGGCAUUUAUAAAUGUUCCCAUUGCUCAGAAUGUUUUGUAAAGUGAAGAUCAGCAAAUGUGGCUGAUCUUCAUACUGAGGAUGCUAUCACUUGAAAUCCAGAAGUCAUGGUUUUUAACAUCUCUGUUUUAGGAGUUCACAUAUAGUUUAGUAUUUAUUGUUUAGGAAUAUAGUUUUACCUAAAAUAAUAGUUUAUUUUUUCUUUUUUCUUUUAUUAUAAUCUUAAGCAACAAAAUUCUAAUGAAUAUUUGAAUCUAUUUAUGUCUAUCAAUUUAAAUUCACUUCAGUUUUUGUUACUGUAAUAUAUUUACUUUUACAUGGUAUAAUCAUUUUAUAUUUUUUUCUUCACUUAAAUAGUAUUUUAUAUAUACAUUUCCAUGUAUUGACAUAGUCUAUGUAUCUAAAUUUUUAUAUAAUUAUAUAGUUUUUGAAAAACUUGUAGAUCAGAAAUAACAUUUAUUUUUUAGCUUUAGGAUAUUUGUUUUUAAGUCUGCAUAGCUACUCCUCUAGGCAUUUUGUUGCUUCUAACUUUUCCUUGCCAUAAUAGUGCUAUAAUUCUUUUUCAAGCUGGAGUGAAUAUUUAUAGUUAUAAAAUAGAAGAUACUUCUGUAUCAUGUAUAGAUGCACUUGUUUUGGUAUGGUAAAACUUCAGAAGACUCAAGAUUUGUUUUAUAUUUGAACUAAGGUUCUUAAGCUUGUCUCCCAAAGUAUUUUCCUUAGAAUUUAACAUGGCUUCUAAAGUGAUUUCAUGUUUGUGGGUCAUUUUUGCUGCUUAAAAUGAAAAGCUUGAUUUUGGAAAUUAGAGAAUAAAGUAUGUAUUUAUUUUUUUUUCUGUGUUCACAUAAGAGAUGUAGCUAAAAUUUUUUCACAGGCUAUUGCUUAUAUAUUCUUACAGCAUAUCCAGUUAAGAGGGUAUUAGGUAUGUAUUAUCUUCUUAACUGAAUGUCAGAUAGUCUUAAAGCCACAGGGUGCAGGUAGCCCUUGGUCUAUAAUCACCACUGAUCCAGGGAUCAUUGUCUAAAUAUAGUACUAUGUUUCAUCUUGCUUUUUACUUUUUAUUUUUUAAUUUCCAAAUUUUAAGUGUUCCCUUUUUUGGGUAAAUUCUUAUAAAAAUGUUUAUUGUAAAGCUAUAUAUUUUGUCUACAAUGGGAUUAUGCACUUCCCAAUUGGGAUUUUACAUCAGGAUUUUUAGUCAUUCUCAAAAAUAAUUAUUAAAUAAAACUAUUUAUAGAGUGCCUACUGUAUGCAUGAGUUACUUAUGAGGUAUAUUUUGAAUGACAGUGUAUUGUAAGAAAAAAGGUGAAUAAAACUUGACAUUAGAUUAUAAA